UAGCAUAAGAAAACAAAAGUCUCCUAGCUCUCCCUUCCUAGCUAGACAGUAAUGGAUUCCUCGGCAACUCUUAGUAGCCGCCCGCAGGUUGUCUCUAAAGAAUGCGACACGAGAGUUCCGGCAACAAAAUACUUGUCGUCUCGCCGGACGCCAUCGUUUUCCUCCUCGUCAUCACUUUCGCCAUGCUCUUCUUCACUCGGGUCUUCCUAUUUUCCGGACGAUUCCCCGCUCAGCCCUGCCACUCCCCUCAGAUAUUCCGGCGUCCCGUUUUCUUGGGAGCAAUUACCGGGAAUCCCCAAGAAAUUAAUACAAGCACCCAAGAAGAAGGAAUACUCCUCAUCAAAGCUCCUUCCAUUACCGCCGCUGACGGCCGCCGCAGCUCCACCACCCUCGAAGAAAUCCAACCCGGAAAACAUGGGGGAUCGGAAGAAGAUCAACCCUCGGCAGAGUGGUUUUCAAAGGGAUCCGUUCUUUGCCGCAUUGGUUGAGUGCUCCAAGGACGACGAUAUUCAAGACUCAUCAAACAAUAGCAUUUGGACCAGCGGAAAGGUGUCUAGGAGUUUAAGCGAUCGCUUUGGUUUUGUUAGUCUUUAUGCUUCUUGCAAGCGAACUUGCGCAAUCUCUGAGUCAAUAAUCUAUCUCCCAAAGUCAAACAGAGGCUCUUAUGAUCUGAUUCAUCACGAUCACCGUUCCCGCUGAUGAACAAUACUCAUCUAAUUUCCAAACAUCUUCUGCCGGGUUUGUGUUCUUGUUAUAAAAAUUACUCUGUUUUUUUCUUUUUCUUUUUUUUUUUCAUGUUUUUUUUUUUUCUUCCUCAAAUGGUGUACGUGAGGACAAGCAUGUCCCUGAAAUCCAUAAGUUAUUGUAUAUCUCAAUCUCAUGCAUUGUUUUUAUGUUAUUUUUUGUAUUAUGUAUCAUCGAUUUACCAAAUCUCAUAUAUAAUAUGCAUGAUGUUUGCUGUAUUUCAUGUGAUGGUAUACAUUGGAUGACAGGCCAGAGUGAAAUUUACUCGAACCCAUGUGGGAGGAAGCUAUAGGACCACACAGCUCCAGUAUUAAUCUCACUUUUAUAUUCCAUUUUAAAUGUUCCAUCGAUUU